CGACUUGGGGCCUGAGUCGUCGGAAUUUUCUUCCCCAUAUCUCAUCUCCUGGCCAAUGAAUCCAUAUCUCAUCAGGCUAGCCGGGUUAGUAGGAGUCCUCUUCCUGCACUUCUUUCCACACCAAGCACAAACGAGAGCAAUAGAGAGCUAGAGGUCAAUGGAGGUGGUGAGUGCUUCGCAUGGUGUGUUGGGUCCCCUGCUGGGGAAGCUCACCGGUUUGCUUGCCGAUGAGUGCGCCCGCCUGAAAGGCGUCCGCCGCGAGAUCCGCUCGCUCAAAGCUGAGCUGACAUGCAUGCAUGGCGCGGUCUGCAAGUACACGGCGCUGCAAGAUCCCGACGUCCAGAUGAAGGCGUGGAUAUCCCUGGUGAGGGAGCUGGCGUACGACAUCGAAGAUGUCAUGGACAAGUUCAUCCACCAGCUUGGUAAUGGUGUCCAGCAUCAGCAUGGCUUCAAAGAGUUCUUCCGCAAGACCGCUCGCCGGCUCAAGACGCUAGGCUCUCGUCGUCGAAUCGCCAGCCAAAUCGAUGAUCUAAAGAUUCGCCUCAAGCAGGUAAAAGAGUUGAAGAGUAGUUACAAGCUGGAUGAUAUACCCUGUAGCACCUUUGAGCAUUCAGCCGUGGAUCCCCGCUUGUCUGCUCUUUUUGUUGAGGAAGCACAGCUUGUGGGAAUUGAUGGUCCAAGAGAUGACCUUGUCAAGUGGAUGCUCGAAGAUGAAAAUAGCUCGACCAAGCAUCGCAAGGUGCUGUCCAUCGUUGGCUUUGGUGGGUCAGGGAAAACAACACUGGCCAAGGAGGUCUACCACAAGAUACAGGGACAAUUUCAUUGUCAUGCUUUUGUCUCGGUCUCGCAAAAACCAAAUGUAAAGAAAAUUAUGAAGGAUUUGAUCUUCCAGUUGCCUUGUAAGCAAGAUUUUAAAGAAGGCAUCAACACUUGGGAUGAAGCAAUGUGUAUUAUGAAGCUAAAAAAAUUGUUACAAGAUAAGAGGUACCUCAUUAUUAUUGAUGAUAUAUGGUCCAUAUCAGCAUGGGACGCUAUUAAGUCUGCUUUCCCGGAGAAUGGUUUUUCUAGCAGAAUUAUAGCUACUACACGCAUUGUUGAAGUGGCAAGAUCAUGCUGUCUAGGUGGUAAUGGCCGCAAGUAUGAAAUGGAAGCCCUAAGUAAUAUCCACUCUGAAAGACUGUUUUUCAAAAGAAUAUUUGGUUCCGAGGAUGGCUGCCCUGAUGUGCUAAAAGAUGUUUCAGAAAAAAUAAUGAAGAAAUGUGGAGGCCUCCCAUUGGCAAUUAUCAGUAUAUCAAGUUUAUUGGCAAACAGAUCGAUGGUCAAAGAUGAGUGGGAGAGGGUCAAAAGGUCAAUUGGUUCUGCCUUGGAUAAAAAACAAAGCUUAGAUGGAAUGAAUAGCAUACUAUCCCUUAGCUACAAUGAUCUUUCACCUAAUCUUAAGACUUGUUUGAUAUAUUUAAGUAUAUAUCCUGAGGAUUAUGUGAUUGAGAGAGAUAUUUUAGUGAGGCAAUGGAUAGCAGAAGGCUUUAUCUCUGAAGAGCGCGGACAGACCAAACAAGAGGUUGCCGAGAACCGCUUCUAUGAGCUAAUAAACAAAAGUAUGGUCCAACCAGUUGAGAUUGGCUAUGAUGGAAAGGCUCGUGCUUGUCAAGUCCAUGACAUGAUGCUCGAGCUCAUUAUUAUGAAAUCGGUUGAAGAUAACUUCAUCUCUUUGGCAGGGCAUGGUCAAACUAAUUUGUCAAAGGGUGAUGGUCUUAUUCGGCGACUAUCAGUCCAGCAAAUUGAUAAAGAGCUUGCAUCUAUAUUGGAAAAUGAAGAUCUAAGCCAUAUACGAUCUCUGACAAUGAUAGGAUCAACUUGCAUCAGACACUUUCCUUGGCUUGCUCGGUUUGAAGCAUUGCGUGUACUGGAUUUUAAAGAUUGUAAGAGUUUGCACGAGUAUCAUAUUGAUGGUAUAGAUAAACUUUUCCAGCUGAAGUACCUGAGCUUGAGGGGCACUGACAUGUCCAACCUACCAUCAGGAAUUGUGAGGCUAUAUGGUCUAGAGACGCUAGAUCUUAGAGAUACAAAUAUAACAAAAUUGCCCACUGGAAUUAUUCAGCUCGUUAAGCUACAACAUCUACUCACUGCAAGAGAUCCAGAAUCCAAUGAUAAUCCUUGCGGUAGAAUGAAGAUACCAAAUGGGAUUGGAAAUAUGCGGAAUUUACAGGUGAUCUCGGGCUUUAAUAUUACCGACAGUUCAUUAUAUACAAUCGAGGAACUGGGGAACCUGACCCAUUUGAAAGAACUCCAUGUACAGUUUGAUGGUGGUCGGUGGCAUGAAGAGAUGUUACUCUCCUCACUAUGCAAGCUUGGUAGCAGCAAACUUCAGUCUUUACGGAUAUACUCUAAUUAUUCAACACCCCUCCAGUUCUUAGAUUCCUGGUCACCUCUGCCAUACAACCUCCAAGUAUUUCGGAUGAGCACUGACUACUAUUUACCGAAGAUGCCAAAGUGGAUCGUACCAGCACUCGACAGUCUUGCAUAUCUGGACAUUAAUUUGAUUGAAGUAACAGAAGAGGGUCUGCGGAUACUUGGAGAGAUUCCUGCCUUACUUUGUCUGAAUUUAUCAAUCAGCAGUGUCCAAAAAGAAAGGCUGGCCAUACAAGGCAUUGGAUUCCCGUGUUUGAAGGAAUUCUGCAUUAUUCGUGCAACCCAUUGUGCAAGUGCAAUUUACUUGACGUUUGAAGAAGGAGCAAUGCCAAAGCUGGAGAAGCUUGAGCUGCCGAUGUUUAUUUCAGUGGCAGAAGCCUAUGGGUUCUAUUUGGGUCUUGGCCACCUCCCAUGUUUGAGAGAUGCCAGAGUUACGCGUUGUGAAGAUUAUGACACACCUUACCAAAGCAAAGCUACAGUUACCGCUAUAAGGGAGGAGGCAAAUAGCCAUCCCAAUCAUCCCAGGCUAUCUUUCUGGGACUAAAUGAAAGAGAACUAGCAGCCAGGGAAUCAUUAUAUCAUAGCAUUUUAGUAGGAAUGCAAGAGACGAUCUUCAAUUUAAUGCAAGUCUGUGAUGGUGUGCUGCUGCCUUGAUUGGAAUGUUGUGGUGAUGCCUGAACCCUGAAGCUAUCGUUCCUUUUGCCUUCCAGAUGGGAGUACCUGUCGGUGGAAACUCAAAUAAAGCCAUCAUUCCUUUUGGUUUUCUAGAACUCUUGUAUUCUUGUAUCAGAUGUUGUUGCAGUUAUUACUACUGUUAAGAAUUAAGUUCACCUCUAGGUGAAGUUUCGCUGUUGUGUACGUACUCAAGUACUGGUGUGUAAUUUAAUUGAUGUGUUGUUCAUUAAGCUAAGAUGAAAUGUUGAGAGAUGUGC